GGGUCGGUCGGCGGAGCGCCGUUAGGGCAGCCUGGCGCGCGGCGCCCGCCCAGCACCCCGGGAAGCGGCGCCUGGUCCCUGGCCACCGCCCAGGCCUCGCUGGUGUUCCCCGGCUGGUAACUACGCGCUCCCGAGCCGUUGUGAGCCACGCUGGGUCCAGGCGAGGGAAAGACGGUUAGUCAGUGCGGCGAUCGCCAGAGCUGCGUGAAGAGCUAAGCAGAGUGAACUGGGGUUCUUCUCCGCCCUCGCGUUGAAAAGCCUACCCAUGCUUGCUCGUUUGGACCCCGUCUCCAGUUCAGGAGCAGUGUUGUAGCUGGAUCCCCUAGGAAGAGAAGUUCUAAAGCAGUAAGAAGAAAGCAUUUUCUAUUUGGAACACAUAUUUGCAACUGGAAAUGGGGAAUGGACUGUCAGACCAGACUUCUAUCCUGUCCAGCUUGCCUUCAUUUCAGUCCUUCCACAUUGUUAUUCUUGGUUUGGACUGUGCUGGAAAAACAACUGUAUUAUACAGGCUGCAAUUCAAUGAAUUUGUAAAUACCGUACCUACGAAAGGAUUUAACACUGAAAAAAUUAAGGUAACCUUGGGAAAUUCUAAAACAGUCACUUUUCACUUCUGGGAUGUAGGUGGUCAGGAGAAAUUAAGGCCACUGUGGAAGUCCUAUACCAGAUGCACAGAUGGCAUUGUGUUUGUUGUGGAUUCUGUUGAUGUCGAAAGGAUGGAAGAAGCCAAAACUGAACUUCAUAAAAUAACCAGGAUAUCAGAAAACCAAGGAGUCCCUGUACUUAUAGUUGCUAACAAACAAGACCUGAGGAACUCAUUGUCUCUCUCAGAAAUUGAGAAACUGUUAGCAGUGAGUGAACUGAGUUCAUCAACUCCCUGGCAUUUGCAGCCCGCCUGUGCAAUCAUAGGAGACGGACUGAAGGAAGGACUUGAGAAACUACAUGAUAUGAUAAUUAAAAGAAGAAAAAUGUUGCGGCAACAGAAAAAGAAAAGAUGAGUGGUGUUACUUUUUCUGUCUGUGAAGUAGGUUUUCUCUGGUCUGAUUUUGACAAACGGAAGAGUGUCUACAGCCUGGUUUGCCUGCCUGCCCUCCUGGAUGCUGUUAAAGCUUUGUUUUGUUGAACAAUCAGAUGCCCAACUCUAUUGCCCUGUGGAAGAUGAGUAAAUGCAGUCUUUCUUAAAAUGGUCUCCUCUCCCUACCCGACAAAUCUUCUGGUACUUACCAUUUUGGGAAGUCAAGCGAGGAUAGUAAAUUGAUCAGAAAACAGUUGUGGAAAUUUGACCUGAAGUUAGUGAAAUAAAACUUUGAAGAAUGUC